GCAGCAUAACUGAGUUUACUUUCAAACUAAUCGUGUGAUUUUUGAUACGAGCCGUAAUAAUUGUGGUUUCCAAUGCAUUACGCCUGAUGUUUUGGUCUGUGUGCUGUAUUUUUUACCGCCCGGUAGUUAUGCAUCGUGUGUGAUGGUGAAGAAGGAUGCCUGCUCGCCUUCUGAGCCGGGGUUCGCUGGGCGGCGCGGAGGUCAGCAUGGCCGACAACCCGCUCGCCACAUUCGAGUCGCUCACACAGGCUGGCAUCAUAGCCGUCAUCGGGGUGGCAAUCAUCAUCUCCAAUCUGCUCAUUAUAGCCGCGUUCCUUAAUUUUAAAGGGCUGUCGAACGAGGUGAUCAACUACUACCUGCUGUCGCUGGCGGUGGCGGACCUGCUGUGCGGCCUGUUCGUGGUCCCACUGUCCGUGUACCCGGCCAUCACGGGCCGCUGGAUGUUCGGCGACCUCAUGUGCCGCCUCGUGGGCUACCUCGAGGUCACUCUCUGGUCCGUCUCCGUGUACACCUUCAUGUGGAUCUCGGUCGAUAGAUACCUCGCCGUUAGGAAACCGCUCCGUUAUGAGACGGUUAGUUUGACGGUACAAACCCGCACGCGAAGCCAAUGUUGGAUGGUUUUCACCUGGAUAUCGGCGGCCAUGCUUUGCUGUCCACCGCUCCUCGGAUACAAAAAGGACGCGAACUUUGACAAGGAAACUUUAAUCUGUAUGUUGGAUUGGGGCACGACGUACGCGUACACAGCAACGUUAGCGAUGCUAGUACUCGGCCCGAGCGUUAUAUCUAUCGUUCACAACUACUACUACAUAUUCGCCAUGAAGAGGAAGUUGAACAGCGGGGCUCCGAUCCACGACAAGGAAUACGCGACAGCGCUCGCCGAGAACCUGGCCAAUCCCAGCCACUGGAUGAGCUUCGUGAUGGUGACGACGUUUUGGCUCAGCUGGGCGCCGUACGCCGGCGUGCGAAUGUACGAGUACUUCACAGACCAAGAGCUGAAGAUACCCAUGCUGCACUUCGGGAUGGUGUGGCUGGGUAUCCUCAACUCGUUCUGGAAAGUGAUCAUUCUCAUUUCGCUGAGCCCGCAGUUCCGGCUCGCGCUGCGCAUACUUUGCCUGACCGCGUGCUGUCGGUCCAAAGGGCGCCUGCAGGCCGAGCUCGUGGGCAUGGACAAUGAUGACUAAUAUAGAUUAUUCGGCUGUGUAGUGGUGCCCGACGAACCUCUCACGCUCUAAAAGCAAUAUCCGACCUCGUAUGGACAAUGUAAUUGCUGCAAGUCAUUCCUAUAGAUCGUAAGACCCGUGCCUAGUUUAAGUAGAGUGACAGUUUUAGGUUUGCUGCGUGCGAACGUUUCGUUUGAUGUUCUAUAUCAAUAUGAUUGAAUUUUUUCAAUUUUUCGACAAUAAAUUUAUUUGUAACACCAAAUGUUGCGUGCCGGCGAUCAUAUCACUUAUGAAUUUGGCUGUUUUAGAUGUGAUAAGUAAGAGUUUACAACAAGCGUUCAUUUAUGUACCUGAAGUAACCACCUUGAUAAUGUCAGAAUUGCGUUCCCUACACGAUAAUUGUUCACUCGAUAGUCAAUUUCUCUCGGAAGUUAGGAGUUAUCACGUUUUGUAUAUACGUAAAGUCAUUACAAUAAAUGCAUAGUACGUUUUGAAAAGAAAAACAUUGCGAUAGAGUCGUAUUGAAAUAUAUUAUCAAAUUUAAAAAAUGAAAAGGCUUUUUAAAUUAAUACUAAAAAUACUUGUUGUAUCAAUUUAAAAUUCUAUUUCACAUCCCUGAAAAGUCUUUUCGAAACGUACUUAAAUUUACUUAAGUAUAAACUAGUUUCAGAUUCUAAAUACCUCUACGUUAAAUUGUAUAAAAUGUAUAUUAUUUUUUGAUACGUUAUAAUUACGUUAUUAGUAUAUAAUGUUUGUCGAGUAUUCAAAUUUUAUAUAGGUAAAUAAAUCUUGUUAUUUGUCAUCGAUUCAUUUUCUCGUAUAUUCACCGUUUUCACUAUAUUAAUGUAUGUAGGCACUCAGUUGAAAUUAUAAAUAAGCCAUUUUAAUAUAUUUAAAAAAUGGCAAGUCCAUCGAAUACGUUCUUUCGUAGAUUUUAUUAUAAUGUUUCUGUGAUCACACGACUGCCCGUAAAAGCUAUGUCAUUCUUGGUAGAGUUGCCAUACUAUGUACUAUUUAAUAUCAUUAAAUAAAAUAGUCAAAUAGAUCACAUUACUAAAACACUAAACUAAUUUACUAUUUACUAAAAUGUACUUAAUACUUUCAUGAAACUAAUAACCUAUGCGGAAAUUGAUAUACUAAGACAGAUAGAAAAGUAUGUGCAUUUAUGUAAUUAGUGAGGCUCAAUCACAUUCUAAACUUGAUGGUGUUUAUAUACAUAUUUUCGUAUGUAUAUUUUAUUAAAUCGUUAUUAACUCAUAUCUGUAUUUUAUAUGAGUUAGCUUAGAUACAUAUUAUAGCGAUCUCAAACGUAGAAUAUAAUUUUCUGCCUUAUACACGUUAACUACUAUACAAGAAGCAAUAUUACUGAGCGAAUAAAAUUGCGCUUGGUAAAGUGUCUCAAGAAAUGGUAAAUGGUAAUAUAUUGAUGGUAUUUAGUGAAGUAACACCUUGUUAUUUAUAUGAUGAUGAUGAUGAUGAUGAUGAUGGUGGUGGUGAUGGUGGUGAUGGUUCGAGGUUAAGAGGGAGUUCGACUUGACAUGUGUUGUACUAUAUAAUGUGAUACGGACUUGAUAUUAAUUAGAAUCGGAUCUCUUUAUAAAGUUAUGAUUGUAUGAGUAAAGUUUACGAGUUGUUUGAAUUAUUAAGUAGAAGGUAUGCUGUGCGCAAAACAUUAAAUUAUUAAUAGCAAUAAAUAAAUCACAUAGUCCUUAAGGCCGGCUACUCACGUACCUGCCGGAGGGGCAAUAUUGGAACAAUCUUGGUUGCACGGCGUUCGGAGUAAUUUCAGCUGUUCUCUAAGUUGCCCCUGCUUGCCUAUACACAUCACAAUUAAGACCAAUUAAUGGUGCAAAUAUUGCCCCUGCGGCAGAUACGUGAGUAGCCGGCUUAAAUCAAAAUGCUAACAAUAAUCCGCAUGUUCUUAUGAAAUGUCUUUAAAUGUCGGUUCAGUAGAAAUGGUUGUUGUAAAAUAUAAAUGUUGUACAAUUGCGUUGAGUGAAGGCUGUAUUCAGAUUUUUGUGCUUCUGAUGUGGAUUGUAAUGGUGUCAUGUGUGAAACCAAAGAAAUACAUGUGAAUAUUAUUUUCUUGUUUGAUUUUACGCAGGUAUGGUACAAUUGACACUUGUAAAUGGAUUUUAACAAGAUUUAUUUAUUAAAUUUUUAUUCAAACAUUUUUGAUACUUUAUAGAGUAAACAUAAUAAUAUGCCUUUGGCCACGUUCGCUUUAUAUAGUGAUUAUAGUAAUAGAUACAUGGCGUCUAAAAUCAUUAUAAAAUAUUCCUAGAGUCCUAUAAAUGUAACUCGAUUUAACUAACAAAGUUAACUUUAGUUUCUCAUUGUGUUAGUCAUUGUUAUUGUUAAAAAAAAAUUGAUUUAUUACUGUACUAAGUAAAGAUUUUUGUGAAUUUCUUUGGUUACAUAUUAAUAAUGUGUAAUGUAUGUUUGUUUAUAAUUUAAAACAAAAUAAUGACAAAGGACUGUAAUUUAUAUUAUGUCUAUUGUUAUUUAUAUUAUAUCUUAUAACUUCCAGGAAAAUUUCCUAAAAUCCAUUAAAUAAUUAUAAAAAGUUAUAGUUAAUAAAUAAACCGCAUAGAGAAUUUUUGCAAUUGAAUCGAACUUCGAAUAUGUAAUUAAAAUAUUCGUUCAUCUCAGGCCUUAAUUAGACUUCAUAAUAUGUAAAAAACUAAUCACGUAAUUUCUCAUCUUUAAUUAAAACACCGUUUUACUAAAAACAUUCAAAUUACGUACCUAGUUGAAUAGUUGUGGUAUAUAUGAAUUAGUACGACUGUCUGAAUGUAGCCAAUAUUUUAAAAUAUUGAUGUUGUUGUUUGUCGUCUCUGUACAAAUAGUUCACUUUGAUUAAAUAAUAUAUUUAAUAUUA